UCAUAAUUUGAAUCCAAUAUAUAAAUGCAGAUGGAAUGAAAGCAUCUUAAACCUCUGCAAACAUGGUGCUCUCAUUGACGCGAUGGGUAGGCAAAGUGGCUUUAGUAACUGGUGCUAAUGCUGGGAUUGGAGCUGCUAUCACCAAACAGUUGAUGGAAACUGGCAUAAAGGUAGUUGGCUUGGACAAGACGUUGGACUCAAUGGAAACAAUAAUUGCGGAAAAACAAAACCAAAGCCAGCUAUUGCACCCCCUCAAAUGCGACAUGUCCAAAGAAGAAGACAUCCUCAAUGCCUUCGAAUGGGUGGACAGAAACCUGGGGCCAGUCUCCAUUCUGAUCAACAAUGCGGGUGUAAUAUUAGACACCAACAUAGUGGAGGGUGAUACAAAAUUGUGGAAAGAAACUCUCGAUAUUAACGUAUUAGGGACCUGUAUUGCUACAAGAGAGACAGUGAAGCGGAUGAGGCAAAACGAUAUAGAUGGGCAUAUUUUUAAUAUCAAUAGCGUUGGCGGGCAUAGAGCACCGUAUUUCUCCUUUAGCAAUGUUUACCCAGCUUCUAAACAUGCUGUUACUGCAUUGACAGAGACGACAUUGAAGGAGUUAGAUAGUUUAGGACUCCGAAUUAAAAUCACGAGUAUAAGCCCAGGUUUAGUAAAGACGAAUAUGACUAUUGAGAUGUCACACCUUCCAGCUGUUGAAUCUGAAGAUGUGGCUGAUGCUGUUAUGUAUGGACUAUCAACUCCACCAUAUGUUCAGAUAAACGAAUUGAUGAUAACACCAGUGAACGAAAAGUAUGUCGAAGAGGUCAACUGAAUGUAUUUGCAUCCAUUCAUGAUUCUCUACCCUACCAGAUAUCAGUAUUGCAUGCGACAAUCAUAAAACUUAUACUGACUCGACAAAAUUAAAGAUAAUCAAGUACCAA